UAGGGAGAGGCAAGACCCAGCUGCGCUGCGCUGCCCUGCUUUGGAACGGCCGUGUGGGUGUCACCCGAGGGUACGCGGGGGCAACCUCUGCGCUGUGCUGAAAGUAAAGGACCCUGGUAACCAGCCGCGUCCCUGUGUGGUGAUUUCGGACAGACCGAAGCGGGGCCUCCUUCCCGCCGCGUCCCGGCUCGCUGUGAGGGGCCGCUGCUCACGCGCCGCCCGCCGGGCAGCCAUUGGCUCGCCGGCCUGGGGCCGCUUUGUGCCGCCCCUCGCCAUUGGCCGCGCCCUCGUGCGUCGCCGUAAGCGCGGCGGCCAUUGGCGGAGGCGCGGCAUGGCGGACGCGGGCGGCUCGUGGCGGCCGCCGCGGCCGUGCGAGGACUACUGGGGGGAGUGGAAGCACUGCCGCGGGCUGCGCCACGCCUUCCACCACUACUACGCGCACGGGGAGCUGCCGGCCUGCGGGCGCUGGCGGGAGGACUACGAGGCCUGCCGGGCCUGGGAGCGGCACCGCGCCGCCGCCGCGCAGGAAGCUUUGUGCAAGAGUGAAAGAGCUCGAGUGAUGGAAAGCCAGAAGUAUGCUCCGGUGUGGACACUCAGGAAGAGCCCCCCACCAGACUGGUAUCUACCCCUUGACCAGGACAAACCAAAUUAGGAAGAUUGUUUGCUGUGUUUGGUCAGUAACUUAAUACACAAUUCAGAACUGUGCUGCCUUUUUUUUCUUCCAUGUCAUCUUGAAGUUAUACAACUGUAGCUCUGCCCUGCAAUACUUGAGCACUCUUUCAAAAGUACUGAGAGUUUAUUUAAACGUUGAGUAUUUUUUAAAGGGAGAGUUGAGGUGCUUAAUUUGUCUCCGGUCUUGUAUUGCUAUCUUACACUUUAGGAUUCUGUCUCAGCAACUCAGCAGGCAACUCCCAAAUUAAUGCACACAUGAUCCAGCUCCUCUUGCUAGAUCAGGGCCUCUUCCCCUACCAGCUGGUGGUGUGCGCUUUUGGAACAAGGUACCAACCCCAGGCCUGCAAAUGGGGAAAAAAACAAGCUGGGAAUCCUCCCUCCAGUUCAGGACAUUUAAAAGGCAUUUCCCAGAACAGGAUUGUUGUGGGUUAAGAGCUUCUCACCUGAUGGGGAGGUGCUGCAGAUCCUGAAACUGCCCCUUUGUGGAACUACUCUUGAAUGAUGGUGUGUGUUGUGGUAGUAUUCAAAACUACUACAAAAAUAAAGGUUUAAACAAAUGUAGAGAGAGAUCUGGUUUGGUUUAGGGCAAACCCAUGGAAACUUGGUUACAGGAGUUAUGUGGCAAUAUAAUAAAAUAAAAAAACUGGCUUUGUCGCUGGGUAA